AAAAAACAAAGAAGGUCAAUUCACGGUAUCCAUGGCGGCGAGUGCAUGUCCAGGCUCUCUCUGUCCGCUUUGCGGACGACAUCGAAUCUUAGCCGUCGCAGGUGACGAUAAUGGCGAAGAAGUAGAGCAGCAGCAGCAGCGGCAGCGGCAGCAAGAAGAAGAUGAUGAUCGCACGAGCCUCCUGCCCGAUGGCGUCGUCCACCACGUCUUCUCCUUCUUGCCCACCAGCGACGUCUUCAGGAGCCGCGCCCUGUCGGCCCGGUGGCGCUCCCUCUGCGACACCGUCCCGACCCUCGCCUUCUCCCUCCCCCGGCGGGGCGGCGGCGGGGGCUCGGCGGCGGAGGCGGCGGAGGACCCGUUCUGCUCCUUCGUCGACGCCGUCCUCGUCCUCCGCUCCUCGGACCACAUCGCAAAAUUCCACCUUGAUCUCCCCCACCUCCCUCCCAAGGUGGAGUCCAAGCUCGCGUCCUGGCUCUGGUUCGCCACCGCGUGCCGCGUCAAGGACCUGCGCCUCGAGCUCCCGCGCUCCGAGAAGCGCUACCCGGUGCUGCGGUCAAUCCGCGAUUGCCCUUCGCUGGUGGAGCUCCGGCUGUGCGGCGGCCGAGUGGGGCUCGAGUCAUCGAGCGGCGUCAUCAAUUGGGCCUCCCUGAGGGUUCUUUCCAUGGCGUGCUUGCGAUUGACGGACGACGAGAUGAGGGCGGUUCUCGCGGGCAGUCCCGCGCUCGAGUCCCUCGAGCUGCAGCGUUGUGGCGGCGCUGCCCGAAUCGAGGUUCGCUCUAGGAGGAUGAGAGAAUUGGUGAUCGACGGGUGGAAACACCCGUCGUCCCACAGAGGCUCCCCGCGGCUGGAGGUUUCGGCUCCUCAUUUGGAGACGCUGCGCCUGCGGGGUGACUUCCCCAGGAUGGAGUUGAGAUUGGCCGAGGCCGGCUCCGUGACCGAGGCCGAGUUGGAUUUCUCCAUGAGGGUCGACCGCGACGAUCGGUUUGAUUACUACAAAUGGCCGCGCAAGUUGGCGAGGGGUAUUCUUCAGAAGCUGCGCAAUGCCACUAAAUUUAUAUUUGGGUGUUGGUACCUUCAGGUUCUUUCACGUUUGGAGGAGGGAGAUUUGCCUCCUCUGCUUCCCAAUUGCAACUCUCUUAUACUGAACACUCGCUGUCGAUCAUGGGAACGUCACUGUAUAUUGAACAUGAUAGAAAGUUCACCGCAGGUGGAGAGAUUGGUCAUCAAGAUGGUUCAACCAUUCUGGAAGUCGGUGGAGUUUGAUAUGGACUUCGAGGCAUUCGCCUACGGUACACAGAAAUACUUGGGACCCUUAAAGAGGAAGAAUAAACUCGAAUGCUUGGAUCAGCACUUGAGGCAGGUCGAUGUUGUUCGGUUUGAUCCUAGGGAUCACCGCUCGAGCAGCUUGCUUGGCCUGGUGGAGUUUAUCCUUAAAGAGGCGCGCGUCUUGGAUAGGAUGCUCAUCAAUGCUUGUAAGGUCGACGCAGAUGGAUCGAAUUCUUCAGAGGCUCCUGAUCCUCGCAAGUUGCUCGAAGUUUCCCAGUCAAUUCUACGCCAUCAAAGGGCUUCCAAGAACGCUCAAGUGGUACUUUACUAUGGCUAGGAAAGGUGUUAUUUUGUUUAUUCAUUCUCAUUGUGUUUUUUUCCUUUUGGCAAUUUUGAAACAGUAGGACUUGGGCUUGUGAAGAGGACCUUCAUGAACCACAUAAUCAGGUUUUUAAUAAUUAGAGUUGUGGCUCGCGUCAUUCUGACGCUCGCUCUUUAACCGUCUUGAUGAGAACUGGCCUAAAUUCGCGCGGUGCCAACGAAGCUGACUUUUUU